AUGCCGUUAGCGCUUUGCCCCGCCCUUCCCGUGUGCAAGCAGAAACGCCGAAGCGGCGGCAUCUUACGACCUUGCUACCGGCGUUCUUUUUCUCUUCUCUCUUUCCGCUCACCGAAGCAUGUUCCUGAACGGGAAAAAUGCCAGUCGUCUGCGCAGGCUAUCCGAUUGGGUAGAGUGAACACGACCGACGAUUUGGCCUUUGCGCGCCGGUCAAGUCGCACCUGGCGAGGUCAAAAGCAAGAGGCAAUACAGGCUGUGCCACGCGUCACUUCGUAUGCAGUUCAAAAGCUGACCAACACCGAUGAGUGUACCAAGAAUAGGGGUCGAAAAGAGAGUUUUGAGAGAAGGGGCGGAAACGAUUCUUGA